GUCAGUAGAGCGGUCACAUGACUCUGUGUGUCAGGUACGGUCACAGCUGCGCUGGGAACAGGUGAGGUGAGCCGCCCGCUCCGGUCUCCGCUCCUCGUUCCUCAUCUCCGGUCUGUGCUCCGGUCUCCGCUCCCUCCAGCAUGAGCUCCGUCCCGGAGUGGGUGCUCAUCUCCCUCAUCGCCGCGGUGGUCGCCCUCCUGCUCCUCACGCUCUUCGGCCUGGCCGUGUACUCGGGGCUGCUGACUGAGGUGGAGGUGAGAGCCGGGCCGCCCCCCAUCCGCGGAGUGGUCCUGGCCUACAAGUUCCGUGUGGGGCCCUAUGACGAGAGCGGGAACCUGUACACGGAGAGCGUCAGCCUGGCCCCGAAACUGGUGUCCAUAGGGGUCUACUACGACAACCCCAUGAAGGUCCCUGUAGAGUUCUGUCGCUACAUUGUGGGCAGUAUCCUCAGCGAGGGCGAUGAGAAGCCGCUCCCCGAUCACGUCCGAAUAUUCCGGAAACAUGGAUUCAAGUUCUGCGUGCUGCCUGAAGUGAACCAUGCUGUGAUGGCCACGUUUCCAUACACGACACCGUUCUCAAUACAGCUGGCCACCACCAGGGUGCACCCUGCGCUGGAGAAAUACGUCAAGGAGCGGAAGCUGAGUGCCCACCCCUAUGUGGAGAUCUAUAAAGGGGAUAAAAUAAUCUUCAUGUGCCCCUUGUCUCGUCAAGAUGACUUCUACGUACCUGAGAUGAAAGAGCUACUGAGGAAGGAGAGAGGAGAGGCGCCUCUGCCAGAGUCUGAAGGUGCUGAACUUGACCCCCUGUUAUUAGAGGACACUUUAAGCUUGGAGCUGGUGUCGGAAAAUCAGGAAGAGACGGAGGCUGAAGGCUCCCAACAAAAAGAGCAAACCAACAGCGAGAAGAGCCCCAGCGAGUCCGGGGCAAGCGCCUCAUCCUUCGAAGAACUGGACCUGGACGGCAGCGCGGCGGCCAAAGACCAACAGGAGGCAAAAACAGAAUGGAGUGAAAUGCCGGAGAGCUGGGAUAAAGAGAGAGCGGAGGAAUGACUGAUCGCAAACGAAUCCUUGUAGAUGAUUAUAGCCGUUAGUAAAGCCUUCACAUAGCGACAGCGCGCUCCGCCCACCCGUGCACGUCCGGCGCGCGGCGCAGUCAGCUGCCAGCGCGGAGCUUUAGUUUAUAGACGCUCAGUUUCUUUGCAGGAAAACUAAAGUUUUAUUUGUCUUUUAACUUCUUGUAUGGAAGUUGCCGCCUGUGGGCUACGAGGAGGCUCCAGCUGCUGAUUUUAGCUGAGCGGAGAGCGAGGGCCGUGGGAUCCGGAGAAGAGCCUCCUAUGAAGGCGACUCCGAUUCGCUUCACACGCAUUGAUGAAGAGUCUUGUCCUCAGAGCGUCGGCCGCUUUCAAGGUCGGAAUAAAAGGUUUAGAAAUAAACUGCACAAGACGAAGACGCCGCGUCCUGAUCGAGCGGGACGGAAAUCCAUGUACACCAGCAGCGCCGUGCAGGGGUGUGACCGCGUGUGCGCUCAGGAAAAGUCCUUUAAUCUAAUGAGGCUUGAUUGUUGCCAGAUUAUCAGGUGAAAAUUCUGUGCAUCUUGUCAGCCGCAUCUCCUGCCUCUCCCCUUUAUUCUGCAGUUCUGUGCCGGGUCUUUGGAUGCCAUCAUUCUGAUACCUGCUGGCGCAUCCGUUAUCUAGUAUUGCGCGCCCUCCGGAGCUGAUGACUUCUGCUUGUUCAUUUGCAUUCAUGUCACUGCCAAGGAAUGCUGGGCUGUCGGGUAAAUUCCUGCUAAUCUGGCAUGAACUCUUUUGGCAUGCCAGAUUAUCAGGUGCCAUAUAAAAUGAAUUGCACGGUUCAUCAAGCUCCGGGAAAGAAUUGUAAGACAAGAAGGAGAGCAGGAUGAAUGAAGCUAAUCCGGCAUCCGGUAAUCCAGAAAGUCUCCUGCCUGCUCCCAGUGCAGACUGCAGAAUAAACUCAGGAGACUGAGGAGAAGAACACGUUUAGUUGGGUUCCAGGCUGAUUUGCUGGUGUCCAUACAUGGCUGCUCCCUUUACCUGUUCGGACAGUGACCCGUCCACCUGGAGGCCUCCUGCCGGAGCUGGCGGCCUCUUGUGAAGGACCUCGGUCAUUGACCAUGGAAGCUGUACCUUACUGCUCGCCUGCACAGCCGCAGGUUUCUUGCCCACGUUCCUGGAGCUAAGCUGUGUGGCCGAGCCCUGACACCUAGGACGAUGUACCGACGAGUGGUGUCUGGUUUGUUGACUGCACUGAUUGCUUCCCGUCCUCCUCCAUCUUUAUCCCGCACUUCUCCCGAGACCCGGGUCCAGCCCCUCCAGACAACGUGCAGGUGUCGGUCCUGUAUGAGGGUCUGACCCGAGUCCUUCCUCAGCGGCUGUGCCUUUCCACCAUCCCCGCUGUGGUUCUGAAGAUUCCCGUAUGUGAUAUUUAUUUAUUUAUUGUCUUUUCACUUCUUGCGUUGGGUCUGUCGCCGUUCUCCGCUCGUCUCUGCAGCGUCCUAUCAUUUUCGGUAAUUGUAGCCUUUCCGAAAUAAACCUUGUUCUCUGAAAUGUU